AUGAAUGCUUUCGAGAAGAUGAGGGAGCUGAUCGAGGGCCAACGCCCGUUGCCAGCCAGGUCACGUGCAGGUCUAGUCCCAUCUGGGGUUAGCGGGAGCCCCCAGCACAACACGCUGGUUGAAUGCUCCCCGACCUGUGAUUCUGACCAGAGCUCUGAGACCGCGAUCGAUAGCGAUUCUGAAAUCAACCUAUCCGCCACCAUCGAGGGCGGCAAUUCUUCCUCCACUUCCAAGGCGCCUUUUGCGCGUGGGCAUCGCCGUCGUUCCACCCACGUUACUCGCCGGGACCUUGAGAAGUUUCAAUCGGAGAUCUUGGGUGUUCAGAACCACGCUUCCUGGUACGACGAGGAUAACGGCACUCCCCGAACGUUCAACCCUAACGAUCCUUCCCUCGACGAACUCAACCGCGCUUUUGACAACGCCGACAUCUCUAUGAACGCCACUACCAUGUCUAACAACGCACCCAAUGCUGGCAUCUUUACAGGCUCCACUGGCUAUGCUGAUAGUAAUGCCGUGCCUAAUGUCCCUCCUCGCCAAACUCCUUCUCCUGCCCUUUCUCACAAUUCCUCCACCACUCAGAUCGCUGGUGGUGGCAUAGGCGGCAUGGGCGGCAUGGGCGGCAUUCCGAUGAACGCUGGUCACCAGAUGGACUUGCACCAUCUCUACGAGAUGGUCGUCGAAUUGAGCGAUGUCCUGAAGAACAACCGAGAUGUCACCAAGAACAUCGUGUCCAACGCCGAGGAGAUCAUGAAGAAUGGCAUCACCGACAGCUCUCGCUCUGGCGACCAGACCGGUGAAAACCUUACUGCCCGCAUCGCCGAACUCGAGCGCGCCUUGGCAAAGGAGAAGUCCGUUUCGGCAAACCACAAGGCCCACCGUCACGAGAACUGGGACAUGAUCCUCGAAUUCCAAACCGCCGUCGGAGUCAUGGUUGAGCAGAUCCGCAACUACUGCCAGAAUAACAACAUGCACUACCUCGCUCAAAAGCGCCACUACAACAACCUCCUCCAGGCCGAGCGCGAUGCCCACCUUGAAAGCCGCCUCGAUCGUGACCACUGGCACGCCCAGUUCCUGAAUUGUGCGAGCGUUAUCCGCACCGCCCACCGCAUGCGCUGUGAAGAAGACGACCUCCCCACCAAAAUCAUUUCUGGCUUGCAAAACGAGGUCCGCGCCUACCGCUUUGCCUUGGGCAUGGAGGCUGAGGCUAAAGAGGAGGAGUACGGUUGGGAGUAUCUCAAGAAUAUCCCCGGUCUGGAGUAG